GAAAAGGCAGCUCACCUUCAAUCACUUCUAAGAAAAAGAGCUAGAUUUGCUUGGACUGAUGUGCAGGCCAAGGCAUUUCAAGAGCUCAAGGAUGCGCUAGUCUCAGCGGCAGUAUUAGCGUACCCUAACAAGGAACAACCAUUCAAGUUAAUGACCGAUGCUUCAGAUAUAGCACUCGGAGCGGUAUUGAUGCAAUGGAAUCCAGAAGAAAAGAGGGACUACGUUGUUUCCUACACAUCGAAGGCUUUAAAUCCAGCAGAGAAGAAUUAUGACACAACGGAUCGAGAAGGAUUGGCAGCAGUUUGGGCAAUAAGAAAAUAUAAACGAUACCUUCACGGCAGGCACUUUGAACUCUUCACAGAUCAUAAGGCAUUACUCUCUAUCACCCACAAGCUAGAGCCUAGAAGUAAGCGAAAAGCUAGAUGGGUCAGCGAAUUGCAAGAAUACGAUUUCACCAUACGGCAUCUUGAAGGCAAGAAGAAUGUCAUUGCCGAUGCCCUAUCCCGAGACCCUAAAUUCGGAGUAACAGACAAUAAGAAGAAAAUGGACCCUACAGCCUACGCCAAACUAAAGGAAAAAGCACUCACUGAUAGGGAACUAAAAGUGCGAAGAGGAGUUUUGUUCAUCGAAAAGAAGCCAAACCAAUGGAGAAGAGUAAUCCCAAGCCCGAACCAUGAAGAAAUUAUCAGAUCAGUCCACGAACAAGGACAUAUGGGUAUCCACAGCACUGUAAACAAGAUCAAAGAAAGAUUUUGGUGGCCUG